AUGGCGGACGGGGAUCUGUGGCGCGACCGCAACAAAGUGUUCGUGGCGGGUUUGCCGCUGCAUGUGGACGACGAUGCGCUGUACGACAAGUUCAAGCCGUUCGGCGAGAUGCACCAGUCCAAGGUGGUGUACGACCAGAAGACGGGUCGCUCGCGCGGCUUCGGUUUUGUCACUUUUUGCGAAUACACCAACGCUCUUGACGCCGUGGACCAGCUGAACCAGACGAAAUGGGAGAAGCGAACGCUCAAUGUGCGCUUUUUGCAGCCGAAAAAUGGGUCCACUGCAGGCGGAAAUGGGGCAGUUGCCAUUGCGAAUCGGCCGGCAAAAGUCAUUGGCCCGCGCCCCGAGGGCUGCACCACCAUUUACGUUGGCAAUCUGGCGUACGAUAUCACAGAGGAGGUGCUGCGCAAAGUGUUUGACAAGUGUGGCAGUAUCCGCGCUGUCCGCUUUGCCGAGCACAUUCAAACGAAGGAGUUCCGAGGGUUCGGAUAUGUGCAAUUCCACGAAGAAGGACCGUGCGAAGCGGCCGUCAAGUUGGACGGCAUGGUGGUUAUGGGUCGACCUAUGAACAUUGACUACGGAUCGAGAGACGAAGGCUACGCGCAAGCGCGCGAGGAGCUGCAAAAGAAGCUGAAAAAGGGUAUUUGCCACAAGUUCCAGCAGGGACAGUGUACGCGCGGAGACGCCUGCAAAUUCGCUCACGUAAUGCAAGACCAGGAUGCCGAAGAGUUAGUGCAACCAGCGGAGCGACCGGUGGGUGGAAUUGCCACUCCGGGUGCUUCCUUGGGUGCAACUGAACAAGAAUCGACUGGACCAGCGAUGGAACAGACUCAGGCAACUUCUGAUGCGCCGGUUUGCAUCAAUUUCCAAAAGGGAAAAUGCAAACGCGGAGCGGCAUGCAAAUUUCAACAUUUGCAUGGAAAUGACGAGAAAACUCCGGAAGAGAAUGAAAAUGUGGAAAUGGAGAUUGUAGAGGAGGCAACUCCUGAGGAGGAAACUCAAGCCGAGGAAGGAGCACCGGUAUGUCAGAACUACCAGAAGGGCAAGUGCAAACGUGGUGCUGCCUGUCGAUUCCGUCACGUUGCUGCACCGGCUGGAGGUUACCCAGAGCCUGAGGAGGACAGCUGGAAAGCUCCAGUUCGUGUGGCAUUGCCGGUUGCUGCAGUUGCCGAAGUGGCAGUGUGCAGAAAUUUCCAAAGUGGCAAAUGUAUGCGCGGAGCGUCAUGUCGUUUUGCACACACCGGACAAGCAACACAGGCCGCUCCUGUGACGGCCGUGGAGGAAGUGAGCGAGUACCAGAAGCGAUUCCAGAGCGUUUGCUACAAUUGGCAGCGCACCGGAUCCUGCGUACGCGGAGAUAACUGUCCGUUCCAACACGAUGGUGCGUCAACUUCGAAGGGCGAAGAGAGUGACGAAGUGGACGUAAAGGGCGAAAAGAAGGAGAAGAAACACAAGAAGGACAAGAAACGAAAAGCGAUUCAAGAGGAUGACGACGAGGAUGCGAAGAAGAAGCAUAAGAAGCACAAAAAGGAGAAGAAACACAAGAAACACAAGAAGCACGUGGAUGAGAGCGACUAGUUCAUAGAACUCGUUCGGGAUCCUUAGACAACUAGAUUUGAUUGAAGACACAUUUGGUACUGUAACCUUCAUCCAGCCGGAUUUGCGUUUGAUCAUCAUGGGUAUUUCGAUACUUACGGGAAU